AUGGGAGAUCUGGCUGCUAUCAACCUGGAGGGGCCUCGGGGAAUGGACGUUCCGUUCUUUACACUCCCGGGGUGUGGGAACACCCUGGCUAUACACCCGCAUCCGGCGAUUCUGGAAGCUGCGGACCGGUUUGUCCGGGGGGUGAUUCUUGGUGGAAAGAGGCGGUGGUGGGAGAGGGGAGAGGAGAAGGAGGCAACGGGCUUGAAUACGAGUGCGGAUGACUCUAGGGGGGAGGCUGAAAGUGGCAGCAAUGCGAGCAAUGAGAGCAACGGAAGCAGUGGGAGCAGCAGAGCGAGCAACAGGACGCUGUGGGCGGUGGGGGACAGUGCAGCGGACGAAGCAGCAGGUGUGGCGCGGUACAUAGCGGUGCACUGGCGGCGCACAGACCUGGUGCAGCUGUCCAGGGACCCCUGGGUGCACCUCCCUGUGCCCCGCGUGGGGGCGUGCCUCGUGCACCGCAUGCGGCUGUCUGGGAAUAUUACACGGAUGUUCCUGGCUACAGACACGGAUGAGGGAGAGGUAGAAGCACUGGUGAAAUUCAUCAAGGAGCAGAUUCCAUCCUUUCAACUCUUUAGACUGCCCGAAACAUUAGAUUCCCAACCAUGGGCUGAUGUGAUUAAGCCGUUUGAAUUUGAUGAUGAUGUAACAGUGCGAGCUACACUAGACAAGGCGAUAUGUGCAAUGGCGGAUGUGUUUCAGGGCACGCAUGCAUCAUCCUUUUCAAGUGAUAUAACGAGGAUUAGAGCAGGCCUGAGAUUGUCGUCUUGUGAGGAUUCUUUGCUGUGUGAAGAUAAAAUUCAUGAAUCUAGAUGA